AUGCCCGAGUACGCCAAGAACCAGCCAACCGGCUUCAAAAACGCCAUUGAGAGAGUCGCCAUUGUCGGCGCUGGAGGCACUAUUGGAUCCCACAUCGUUGCAGCUCUCCUUAAAACAGGGAAGCACACAGUUACGGCUCUCACCCGCAAAGAUAGCAGCAACAGACUCCCUGAGGGCGUCAUAGUCGCCCGAGUUGACUAUGAUUACGAGGCCACCAUUGUCGACGCGCUCAAGGGCCAGCAAUUUCUCAUCAUAACCAUGGCCCCUACUGCGCCCCGGGACUCCCACAGCAAGCUCGUCCAGGCAGCCGCUAAAGCGGGUGUUCCCUACAUCAUGCCCAACGGGUACGCUGGCGACACUGACCACAUCAAACUCGGCGAGGACACGCUGCUGGGACCCGUGGCCAAGGCUAAUCGGGACGAGAUCGAGAGGCUCGGCAUGCAGUGGAUCACGGUGUGCUGUGGGUUUUGGUACGAUUACAGCUUGGCGGGUGGCGAGGCGCGCUUCGGAUUCGACUUUGACAAGCGUUCCCUGACAAUUUACGACGAUGGCAACACCAAGAUCUCUACUUCAACGUUAUCGCAGGUUGGGCGCGCUGUGGCCAAGCUGCUGAGCCUGAACGAGCUGCCUGAGGACGGAAACGACAAGAGCCUUACUCUGUCGACGUUUCUUAACAAGGGCCUGUACCUUAAGAGCUUUGUCGUCAGCCAAAAUAGCAUGUUUGAGAGCGUUAAGCGCGUCACUGGCACCACUGACGCUGACUGGACGAUAACUCAUGAGGACACCAAGAAGCGAUACGAAGAUGGCCUGGCGCUAGUCAAGCGUGGUAACAUGGCUGGCUUUAGUAAGCUGCUCUACGCCAGGGCGUUCUACCCGGAUGAGCAGAGCGAGUUCUCGGCCAAGGCACAGAAUGAGCUCCUUGGUUUGCCGGAGGAGAGCCUGGAUGAAUCUACCAAAGUUGGGAUCGAUAUGGUCCAGGAACUGCAGCGUCGUCCUGAGCGUAUGGCGUCAUAG